UCAAAUGGCAGUUCUCUCAAAUGGUCUUUUUAAGAUUUGCCUCUGAAUUAUUUCCCAGAGUUGUUUCUAUUCCUUUCCUAAAGGAUAGAGUGAGAUUCUAAACUUAUCUUAAAGCCCCAGCCAACCCCUCUUCUAUACAAAAUCAAGAAAUGGAUCUCAUUAAGCUGAGAGAGAUUCAUGCGAUUAACAAGUCCAAGAAGCAUCAACUUCUUGACAAUUUUUUCCUGUAUUCUUUGACUGUCUUGGCCUGUACUCUUUUCUGUUCUAGCCCUUUCUGGUUUCCCUCCCUAUUUCAUUCCAUGAAGCUCUUUCUCUUCGUCUCUCUUCCAAAACUAAGUUCUAUUUUACUCAGCCCCAAGUUUAUUUUCAUUGUUGGCAACCUCAUAAUCUUUGUCCUUGUUGGAGAGUCCAAGUACUUUACUUCGAACUCUCCAUCAGCGACUGAUGUUUACUAUGAUGAGUACAUUGACCAGAAAAAGAGCCUUCAAACAACUUCAGCUAGCGUGGAAGAGAAAAAGGAGGUAAAAGUGGAGGAAUCUUUCAAAGAAAAACAAAGCAAAACUUGCGAAAGCGGAGAAAACAAUGGAGGGAAAGGAUUGUGUGAGGGAAACUUGAAAGCACACAAGGAACGCAAGGAUUUAGAAGGAGAAGAAGAGUUCAGUUUGCCGACAGAGGAAUUGAGAAAAAGGGCUGAUGAUUUCAUUGCAAGAGUCAACAGACAAAGGAUGCUUGAAGCUAGGCUAUUAGUUUGCUAUAGUUAAUAAAACCAAGUAAAUUAGUGGCAUGAACUAGCUAGUAGUUUGGUUUUAGUGGAUUAAAUCUGGGUGAGUUUAAACUAAUAGAUGGUCCUGUACAUGACCCUCAAUUGAACAAGAAUCUUAGCUCGAAGUGAAGAUUCCUCAAUGUAAUUAUCCUAGUACAUAAAUACCAUGUAAAAUUCAUGGUUUCGGACAACAUA